UUUUUUAUUUAUUCCAAAUACUACACGCCCAAUGCGAAUACAAAAAAUACUUAAAUUCCACACGCACACGAAACUCACUAAUACACAAGCAGUCUCAAGUGCAAAUUCUUUUUUGAGAGCAUGGCAGCCAAAACAAUUGCAACACCCGCUGUUGCAACAGCAGCAACUCUUGCCCAAGGCAGCAACAUGGCUUAUGUGCAGUGCCAGAAUCUAAAGUACAAUGCCAUUAUUGUAGGCUGGCUGGGCAUUAUCAUAUCCACUGUUAUUAUCUCCAGCUCCAUGCUGGUCAUACACAUGGAAGGCGACAUUGAGCUGCUGUUCAAAGAUGUUGCAGAUCAGCAGCAUGAAUUUCUAAUGAAUCUGUUGACUAUCUUUAGCACUUGUAUCUAUGGCCUGUCGCUGAUCAACUUGGGCGUCAAUCUAUUGCUGCUCAUUGGUGUUGCUCGGGAUUCGAGUGGCCUGCUCUAUCCCUGGCUCAUUUUACAUGGCGUUACAUUUGGCUUUGCGCUUUACCUGGCUGUGUUCUAUGCCAUCACUGGUCUGUUUAUAGAUCUCUCAAGCUUUCUCAUGUGUCUGUUAGUCUUUGCUCUUGUGCUAGUAAUCUUUUAUAAAAUAUAUCAUGAGAUCUUUACUCUGUUUCGCGUUAUGCAGCAGCAAUCGGCGCAGUCUGUUGCCCCAUGGCACAGUCAGCAGCUGGAGCCUGCUUGGGCCAGCGGCAUGCCCUAUACACCGAUUUAUAUGCCGCGUAUGGCAUUGGCGAAAAAUUAAGUGAUACAAUUGGCAGUUGUGUAUUUAAAUCAAACAUUUACAUAAUUUAUUUACAAAAAAUUAGUUCAUAAAUAGUUACAAAUUACAUAACAGCGCAUAUGACUAAAU